UACCUCCACCUGCAAGCAAUACACCUCCCUGCACUCGGGAGGCUAGACUAGCUAGCUUGUGUACGAGAUGGCUGCUCCAUCAGCCCCGAGCGGCGGCAGAUCAGGCGUCAUCGCUGUCCUCUUGCUUCUUGUGUUGCUGGCCGGCACCGGCACCUCGUCGGCGCAGCUGUGCACCAGCUUCUACUCCCACUCGUGUCCCGGCGUGUACGACGCCGUCAGGUCGGUGUUGCAGGCCGCCAUCGCCAGGGAGCAGCGCAUGGGCGCCUCCAUCCUCCGCCUCUUCUUCCACGACUGCUUCGUCCAGGGCUGCGACGCCUCGCUGCUGCUGGAUGACACGCCCAGUUUCCAGGGCGAGAAGAUGGCCAACCCCAACAACGGCUCCGCCAGAGGAUUCGAGGUCAUCGACGCCAUCAAGUCCGCCGUCGACAAGGUCUGUCCCGGCGUCGUCUCCUGCGCUGACAUCCUCGCCAUCGCCGCAAGAGACAGCGUCGUCAUCCUGGGUGGUCCGAGCUGGGACGUCAAGGUCGGGAGGAGGGACUCGAGGACGGCGAGCUUCAGCGGCGCCAACAACAACAUCCCGCCGCCGACGUCGGGCCUCGUCAACCUCACCUCGCUCUUCGCCGCGCAAGGCCUCUCCCAAAAGGACAUGGUCGCGCUAUCUGGAGCCCACACCAUUGGCUUAGCACGCUGCACCAACUUCAGAGCCCACAUAUACAAUGACACCAACAUCGACGGCAGCUUCGCAAGAUCAAGGCAAUCGGUUUGCCCUAGGACCUCAGGUUCAGGUGACAAUAAUUUGGCGCCUCUAGACCUUCAAACCCCAACUGUCUUUGAGAACAACUACUACAAGAACCUUGUUUACAAGAAGGGGAUUCUACACUCUGACCAAGAGCUCUUCAAUGGUGGAUCAACCGAUGCGCAAGUCCAAUCAUACGUUAGUAGCCAGAGCGCGUUCUUUGCGGACUUUGUGACUGGCAUGAUCAAAAUGGGUGACAUCAUGCCAUUGACCGGCUCCAACGGGGAGAUCAGGAAGAACUGCAGAAGGAUUAAUUAAGAGGCAGUGCACACUAGCUAUCUAUAUCUGUUGAGGAUUUUCAACAACGUCCUACUUUAUUUCAAGUUUGUAAUCCUUCCAUUUUUUACAAAACUAUGAAGUCAUUAUUAUGGUGUACUAAUUUGUUGAGCUUAUGUAUGUUUGUUUAAAUAAGUAGUGAUAUAUCAUUUGUUUUGUAUACAACCUU